AUGGGCAACAACGUGUGGCUUUCAGCCUACGGCCCGCACAACUGGGGUUACACCGCCCAGAUAACACCGGAGCAGCCGGAACUGGUCAUUCCCAGGGGGAAGGCAACGGGAGGGUCCAGCGCGGUCAACGGGCAAGUACUGUUCCGGGGGAUUCCGGAGGACUACGACCGAUGGGCCGAGUGGGGCAACGACGAGUGGAGCUUCGUCAACGUUUUGCCCUACUUCAACAAGCUGGAAACCGACCUGGACUUUGGCGGCGGAGACUUUCACGGCUCCGACGGGCCCGUACCAGUCCGGCGUAUGCCCAGGAGCGAAUGGCUGCCCCACGCCCAGGCCUUCGAGCAGGCCUGUGUGGCGGAGGGGUACCCCAUCGAUGAAGACCAGAACCAUCCUGAGUCCACCGGCGUGUCGCCCAGGGCCCGCAACACCAUCGACGGCGUGCGAAUGAGCAUGGCCAUUAAUUACCUGGACAUAGCCCGCCACCGGCUGAAUCUGACUAUCAGGGCCAAUGUCACGGCCCGCCCGGAUUCUAUUCGACGGCAAAAGGGCUUGAGCACCGUCCGGCCCAAGUGGAGAUCGACGACGAUUUUGAACUACAUCGGUAUGAGCGCCAGCCUGCAAUUGGCCCUUGGGCAGGGCGAGCUUACACUUCAGUCGACGGACCCGCACGUCCAGCCGUUCCUGAACUAUAACUACUACCAAGAGGAAGAGGACCUGCGGCGUAUGAGGGAAGCUAUACGAAUGUGCGUACGACUGGCUGAUCAUCCGUCCUUUUCCAGUAUCGUCAUGGAACGGGUGAUGCCGACCGAUGAAGAACUGUCCUCAGACGAGGAACUUAACGCUUGGCUGCGCAGGAACUCCGGCACAUCGCACCACAUCUCCGGCACCUGCAAGAUGGGGCCGGACUCCGACCCGAUGGCGGUGGUGGACCAGCACCUGAAGGUCAAGGGCAUCCAAGGGUUGAGGGUUGCCGACGCUUCGGUCAUGCCCGACUGCAUACGCGCCAACACCAACGCGACCACCAUUAUGAUAGGGGAAAAAGUCGCCGACUAUAUCAAGGACGGGCGGUAG